AUGCCGCUGCUACGGCGCAGGAUCCGCUGCCACUUCUGCAACACGCAGUCGCGCCACGCCGUGUCCCACAUGCCCCGAAGCUAUCUGUGUCCGCAAUGCGACGCCGUCAACCACUUCGACGAGCGCGGGCACGUCGCCGACCCCCCCACCGAAGACAUGGCCGCCGCCCCCUCGGCCUCGCUGCACUACGCAAUCCCACGCUCCUCGUCGCCCGUCCUGCCCGCCAUGCCCGCCGAGCCCGAACCGCUGUUCUGCAACACGUGCCAGCGCAAUCAGCUGCUGCUCAACAAGACCCUCGCCGAGUACCUCCCGGACGAGGACGACCCCGAGUACGACAGGUACGCCGCCUCGCUCGACGCCUACCGCACCGAGCUCGAGGACCGCUACCCGCAGGUCUGCCCGCACUGUCUCCCUCGCGUCCAGGACCAGAUCCGCGCGGCAGGCUACGCCGCCAAGGCAGACAACCUCCGGCGCAUCAUCGACAGGAGCAGGGAGCACAGCCGCACUGCGCACACGCCGCGCCAGACCUGGACCCUGAGAUGCAUCGCCCUGGCCAAAUGGCUCUACAUGGCCGCCGUCCUCGUCGGCUUGUCGUGGCACGCGGUGGCGCUGACGCUGGCGACCACACGCGCUGACGCUCUGCGCGAGCACGCCACGUGGAGCACGUGUUGGGAGCACGCCGUCUUCGCACGCAACGUCGACCAGAGCUGCGUCAUGUCCUCCGUUGCCCUGCAGCUGAUGCACGCCUCGUUGGUCGCCGAUCUCCUGACGAUAUGGUGGAACCCCAAGCUGGCCAGCAAGACAAACAGCAUCACCGGCCGCAUGCGAGGCCUCAAGUCGCUGUGGUUCAUCCGCGCCACCGUCUUCGUGCUGCGCGCGGCGAGUCUCUUCUACUGGGCGAAUGCCACCAUCGACCCUUCCAACCUCACGGCAUUCCAGAACACGAACAUGUUCCUCCUUGUCUCCAUACUCCUCUCUUUCACGCUGACCUGGAAGACGGUGCGCAUCGUUUACACCCCCGUUGCCUUUCCCGAAGAAACGUACCUCCCCAGCGCCCCCAACACGCCCAACAAACGCCCACGCUCCAGCUACAAGCCCGCACACCCCCAAAUCUCCACCUUCGACACCAUGGCUCAGGGCUUCACGUCCAGCUUCCAGCUCGACUCCACCUCUGCGCUGCCCCCGUCACCCACGCUCACCGAAGCAUCCACAACGAGCCACUACACCGACUUCACGACCCCAGCCCGAACACCCGUGUACCAAGAUGACAGCAUGGACUGGACACCAACGGCACGCCGCUUCGCACCCUCUGCGCCCGACAUCUUGCCUCCGCAGUUCGGCACACGGAGCCCUGUGCAGCCUGCCUCUCCGAGUCUGCAGCGCAGCCAGGAGCCCGUAAGUCUGUUUGCCAAACCCGAUCCCAAUCCCUUCCGCCACAAAGUCCCCGCUGCGCCCAAAGCACCCGCCCGAGCCGCGCUCGAUCCUUGGAAGCCGGGCGUGUGGGCGCCACCACUCAAAGAGACUACACCCAAUUUCUUCAAAACGGAGCGACAGACGCGGAGCCAGACAUCAAAGGCCAAGGCUGUGGGCGGAGCCGCUGGAGAGGGUGAUGAAGGUGGCGAUGCAGGCUUGGAGAGAGCAAACGGAGGGAAAGGGCUAGAGGGCUUUGGAGUGCCCAAGAACGUCAAGCGGGAUGCCGAGUUGUUUGCGAGUCCCAAGCUCAAGUACGAUUACUAUGGCACCAUGAAGGAUACAGGGUUGGAGGACACGUUCAACGGGCUCUUCUCCAAGUAA